AUGAGCACAGGCAAAGCAGGCGUCACCCUCCUGCUCCCCCUGGCCCUGUUGCUGGCCACAGCCUCCCAGCCCCCCGGGGGGGACAGCCUGAAGGACCAGGGGGACGUGGACCCCCCACGCUGCCCCAGCCCUUGUGCCUGCAGCUUGGAUGACUACAGUGAGGAGCUCAACGUCUUCUGCAGCGCCCGCAACCUGACGCACCUGCCGCAGGACGUCCCCCCCCAUGCCAAAGCCCUUUGGCUGGACGGCAAUAACUUCACCCUGCUGCCGGCCGCUGCCUUCAGGAACCUCUCGGCGCUGGACUUUCUGGACCUUCAGAGCAGCCAGCUGGCUGCCGUGGAGCAGCACGCCUUCCACGGCCUGCGGAACCUUUACCACCUCCACCUUGAACGCAACCGCCUCAAGCACUUGGCUCCCCACACCUUUCUGCACACCCAGAACCUUGUGUCCCUCAGCCUUAACAACAACUAUUUCAGUAAGGUGGAGGAAGGACUGUUCGCUGGGCUCUCCAACCUCUGGUAUCUGAACCUGGGCUGGAACUCACUUGUGGUCCUGCCCGACAAGGUCUUCCAUGACUUGCCCAACUUGAGGGAGCUGAUCCUGGCUGGGAACAAGCUCCCCUACCUCCAGCACCAGCUCUUCUGCAGCCUUACUGAGCUGAAGGAGCUGGACCUGAGCGGUAACGCGCUCAAGGGCAUCAAGAUCAACAUCUUCGUCAAGCUGCAGAAGCUACAAAAGCUGUAUCUGAACCACAACCAGAUCAAUGCCAUCGCGCCCCGUGCCUUCAUGGGCAUGAAGUCCCUCCGGUGGCUGGAUCUCUCCCACAACCGGCUCGUCUCGCUGUUCGAGGACACAUUUCUGGGCCUCCUGAGCCUGCAUGUCCUACGCUUGUCCACCAACUCCAUCAACAGCCUGAGGCCCAGGACUUUCAAAGACCUCCAGUUCCUGGAGGAGCUGCAGCUGGGGCACAACAGGAUCCGGAGCCUGGCAGAAAGGACCUUCGACGGGCUGGGCCAGCUGGAGGUCCUCAGCAUCAAGGUCCUCGCUGACUAUGUCUUCAAGGGGGUCACCAAGUUGCACAGCCUCCACCUGGAGCACAGUUGCCUUGGCAGGAUCCGGGCAAACACCUUCUCCAGCCUCUCCAGCCUGCGGCGGCUCUUCUUGCAGCACAACGCAAUCUCCGUCAUUGAAGACCAAAGCUUCAGCGAACUGCAUGAGCUGCUGGAGCUCGACCUGAAGCACAACAGGCUGAGCCAUCUCUCACCCCAGCUCUUUGUGGGCCUAGGCAACCUGGAGUACCUCUUCCUCUCCUCCAACCAGCUCCUGGAGAUCUCCCAGGACACCUUCAGCCCGCUUCAGAGACUGUUCUGGCUUGACCUCUCCCAUAACCAGCUGGAGACGCUGGACAACACAGUCAUCUCCCCUCUGGCCAACCUGCGGUACCUCAACCUGAGGAACAACUCACUGGAGACCUUCUCAGUGGGCUUCCUGUGUGCCUCCUUCGCCCUGGAGCAGCUGUGGCUUGGGGGCAACAACUGGCAUUGCAACUGCUCCCUAAAGGGCCUGCGGGACUUCUCCCUGCAGCACCCCGUGGUGGUCCCGCGCUUUGUGCAGUCUGUGGCCGAGGGGGACGAUGCCCACGUCCCUGUCUACACCUACAACAACCUCACCUGCCUCCACCCCCCGGCCGUGGCAGGCCUGGACCUCCGCGACACCACUGAGGACAGCUUUGCUCACUGCUGA